GCUGUUCGGCAUCCAGUGGUUUGUGUUUGAGGCGUCCGGCAAACCAGACAUACUCCAUCUUUUCGCCAGAUUUCGGCCAAACUUGAGUUACACAUACGUUGGAGCUUGUUCUGCAAUUUAAGCAAACAUGGCGGCUUUCGACCCUAACGAUCCCGAUAUGAAGUACCUGGCCGUGGACAGGAAGGCCCUGAUGAAGGAGCAGACUGUCCCCUUUGACGGCAAGAAGAUGUGCUGGGUCCCCGACGAGAAGGAAGGAUUCCUGGCUGCUGAAAUCCAGUCAACCAAGGGAGACGAAAUCACUGUCAAAACCAUUGAAGGCAAUGAGAACCGCACAGUGAAGAAAGAUGACAUCCAGCAAAUGAACCCUCCAAAAUACGAGAAAAUUGAUGACAUGGCCAACAUGACUUACCUGAAUGAGGCUUCUGUGUUGCACAACUUGAGGUCCCGUUACAAGUCUAUGUUGAUCUACACCUACUCCGGUCUUUUCUGUGUGGCUGUCAACCCAUACAAACGCCUCCCCAUCUACGGCCAGGCUCUUGUUGACAAGUACCGUGGCAAGAGGAAGACCGAAAUGCCUCCUCAUUUGUACGCCGUGGCCGACAACGCUUAUCAGUUCAUGGUGCAGGAUCGCGAGAACCAGUCCAUGUUGAUUACUGGUGAGUCUGGAGCCGGUAAGACUGAGAACACUAAGAAGGUCAUCCAGUAUUUCGCCCUUGUGGCCGCUGGACAGCAAAAGAAGGAUGAAGAGGAAAAACCAAAAGAGGAAAAGAAGGGAAGCUUGGAGGACCAGAUCGUGCAGGCUAACCCCGUACUUGAGGCCUACGGAAACGCUAAGACAGUCCGUAACAACAACUCCUCCCGCUUCGGAAAAUUCGUCCGUAUUCACUUCGGCCCAACUGGAAAAAUUGCAGGAGCCGAUAUUGAAACCUACCUGCUUGAGAAAUCUCGUGUGACUUACCAACAGACUGUAGAGAGAAACUACCACAUCUUCUACCAGCUGUUGUCUAACGCCAUUCCAGAACUCAACGAGGUUCUGCUGGUCUCCCCCGACCCCGGUCUUUACAGCUUCAUUAACCAGGGAGCUCUCACUGUUGACGGCAUUGAUGACGUAGAGGAAAUGAAAAUGACCGACGAAGCUUUUGACGUCCUUGGCUUCACCAAUGAGGAGAAAACUAGCAUGUACAAAUGUACCGCCUCCAUCAUGCAUAUGGGUGAAAUGACCUUCAAACAGAAAGGUGAACAGGCUGAGGUGGACGGAACCGCUGAGCCCGAAAAGGUUGCUUUCUUGUUGGGUAUCAACGCUGGAGACUUCCUUAAAUGCUUGCUCAAGCCUAAGGUCAAGGUCGGAACCGAGUUUGUCGUCAAGGGACAGAACAAAGAGCAGGUCAUCAACUCCAUCGGUGCCUUGGCUAAGUCUCUGUACGACCGUAUGUUCAACUGGUUGGUAAAGAGAGUCAACAAGACUCUUGACACCAAGGCCAAGAGGAACUAUUACAUCGGUGUGUUGGAUAUCGCUGGUUUCGAAAUUUUUGAGUUCAACAGCUUCGAGCAGCUGUGUAUCAACUACACCAACGAGAGACUCCAGCAGUUCUUCAACCACCACAUGUUUGUCCUCGAGCAGGAAGAAUACAAGAAAGAAGGUAUUCAGUGGGAGUUCAUCGACUUCGGUAUGGACUUGGCUGCCUGUAUUGAGCUUAUUGAAAAGCCCAUGGGUAUCUUGUCCAUCCUUGAAGAGGAAUGCAUGUUCCCCAAGGCUGACGACAAGUCUUUCAAGGACAAACUGUACUCCAACCACAUGGGCAAAUCACCCAACUUUGGCAAACCAGGAAAGUCUCCCAGGCCCGGAAUCCCAGCCCCUGACUUCUCUCUGGGUCAUUACGCUGGCUCUGUGGGAUACAACAUCUCCAACUGGCUGGAGAAGAACAAGGAUCCAAUCAACGAGAACGUUGUGACUCUUCUGUCUGCUUCCAAGGAACACCUUGUAAAGGAACUCUUCCAGGCACCCCCCGUAGAAGAGGGUGGCGGCGGUAAGAAGAAGAAGAAGUCUUCUGCUUUCCAGACCAUCUCUGCUGUUCACAGGGAAUCCUUGAACAAACUGAUGAAGAACUUGUACAGCACUCACCCUCAUUUUGUGCGUUGUAUCAUUCCCAACGAAAUGAAACAGUCCGGCAUGAUCGAUGCCGCCCUGGUCCUGAACCAGCUCCAAUGUAACGGUGUACUUGAGGGUAUCAGAAUUUGUCGUAAAGGAUUCCCCAGCAGAGUCAUCUACUCUGAAUUCAAACAGAGAUAUUCCAUCUUGGCUCCCAAUGCUGUUCCACAAGGCUUCGUUGAUGGCAAGGCCGUCUCUGAAAAGGUUCUGCUUGCUCUGCAACUCGACCCCGCAGAGUACCGUCUUGGUAACACCAAGGUCUUCUUCAAAGCCGGUGUACUCGGUAUGCUUGAGGAAAUGCGUGACGAACGCUUGUCCGCCAUUAUUUCUGGAUUCCAGGCUCACAUCAGAGGUUAUCUGAUGCGCAAACAGUACAAGAAGCUGCAGGACCAGAGAACUGCUCUUGCCAUGAUCCAGAGAAACAUCCGUAAAUGGCUCGUUUUGAGAAACUGGCAGUGGUGGAAACUGUACGCCAAGGUCAAGCCAAUGUUGAACGUUGCCCGUGCUGAGGAAGAGAUGAAGAAGAAAUUGGAAGAAAUGCACAAGAUGGAAGAGGAACUUAAGAAAACCUCUGAAAUCAAGAAGAAGCUCGAGGAACAGAACGUUGAUUUGAUGGAACAGAAGAACAGAAUCUACAUUGAACUCCAAGCCGAGCAGGACAGAAUCGCUGAAUUUGAGGAGCGACUUGAGAAAUUCAUUACAGACAAAGCUGAGAUGGAGAGCCAGCUUAAGGAAUACGAGGAUCGUCUCCUUGAUGAGGAAGACGCUGCCGCCGAGCUUGAGGGCAUCAAAAAGAAGAUGGAGGCUGAAAAUGAUGAGUUGAAGAAAGACAUUGAGGAUCUGGAGACCACCCUUGCCAAGGCUGAGCAAGAGAAACAAACCAAAGACAACCAGAUUAAGACCCUCACCGAUGAGAUGCAGCAACAGGAUGAACAGAUUGCUAAGCUCAACAAAGACAAGAAGGCUAUGGAUGAGGCUCACAAGAAGACCCUCGCCGACCUGCAGGCCGAGGAAGACAAGUGCAAUCACCUCAACAAACUCAAGCAGAAACUUGAACAGACUCUUGAUGAGAUGGAAGACAACUUGGAGCGCGAGAAGAAGAUCCGUGGAGAUGUUGAGAAGGCCAAGCGCAAGCUUGAGCAGGACCUUAAAUCCACACAGGGUGCUGUUGAAGAUCUUGAGCGUGUCAAGAGAGAGCUUGAGGAGGCAGGAAAGAAGAAGGACAACGAGAUCAACAGCCUCAACUCUCGCAUUGAGGAUGAACAGGGCAUCAACGCCGGUCUCCAGCGCAAGAUCAAGGAGUUGAACGCCAGAAUCGAGGAACUUGAAGAGGAACUCGAGGCUGAGCGUGCCGCCAGAGCCAAGGCCGAGAAACAGAGAAUUGAGCUCGGACGUGAGCUGGACGAGUUGAGCGAGCGUCUGGAUGAGGCUGGUGGUGCAACAGCAGCUCAGAUCGACCUCAACAAAAAGAGAGAACAGGAAUUGUUGAAACUGCGUCGCGACCUGGAGGAGCAGACUUUGGCUGGCGAGGCACAGGUCGCUGCUCUCCGCAAGAAGCAGCAGGAUAUGUCCAACGAGAUGGCUGACCAAAUCGACCAGCUCAACAAAGCCAAGGCUAAACUGGAGAAGGAUAAGAAAGAUUUGAAACGUGAGCUUGAUGACAUGCAAAGUCAGCUCCAACAUGUCAUUAAGCAGAAGCAAUCUGCCGAGAAGGUAUCCAAACAGCUUGAAAGCCAACUUUCCGAGGCCAACUCAAGAAUUGAUGAAGCCAACAGAAUCAUCGCUGACCUCAAUUCAGGCAAAUCCAGGCUUCAAAGCGAGGCUGCCGAUCUUACUCGCCAGUUGGAAGAGGCCGAGAGCCGUGUUGGUCAACUGACCAAGGAGAAAUCUUCUCUUGCUUCUCAGCUGGAUGAGGCUAAACGCUCAAUUGAAGAGGAAUCAAGAAUCCGCCAGAAAAUGCAGUCCGAAGUCCGAAAUCUCACCGCCGACUUGGACUCUCUCCGCGAACAGUUCGAGGAAGAGCAAGAGUCCAAGGCUGAAGUCCAACGCCAGCUCAGCAAAGCCCACAACGAGGUUCAGAUGUGGCGCUCCAAGUGCGAGAGCGGUGGUGGUGCCAGCGCCGAGGCUGUUGAGGAGUUGAGACGCCGUAUGCAGGCUAAACUGAAUGAGGCCGAGCAGAAUCUUGAGGCUGCUAAUGCCAAGAUCAGUCAACUCGAGAAGGUCAAACUCCGCAUGGGACAGGAGAUGGAAGACCUGGUUAUUGAAGUUGAAAGAGCCAACUCCAAUGCAAACAACUUGGAGAAGAAACAGAGAGCUUACGACAAGACCGUCCAGGAAUGGCAGAGCAAGGUGAAGAGUCUGGAAAUUGAGAUUGACAACGCCCACAAAGAAACCCGCAGCUUCUCUGCUGAAACCUUCAGACUGAAGGCUCAGUUCGAGGAAUCCGUCGACACCAUUGAGUCCCUCAGACGCGAGAACAAGAAUCUCGCCGACGAGAUCCACGAACUCACCGACCAACUCAGUGAGGGCGGAAGAAGUGUGCACGAGGUCGAGAAGGCCAAGCGCCGUCUUGAGAUGGAAAAAGAGGAGCUCCAGGCUGCUCUGGAAGAGGCUGAAAGCUCUCUUGAGCAGGAGGAAGCUAAAGUCAUGCGUGCUCAACUUGAGAUCGCCACUGUCAGAACCGAGAUUGACAGACGUCUCCAAGAGAAAGAAGAGGAAUUCGACAACACCAGACGCAACCACCAGCGUGCCCUUGAUUCCAUGCAAGCUAGUCUGGAGGCUGAGGCCAAGGGUAAGGCUGAGGCCAUGAGGAUCAGGAAGAAGCUGGAGCAAGACAUUAACGAAUUGGAGGUCGCCCUUGAUGCCGCCAACCGCGCCAAGGCUGAUCUGGAGAAGAACGUCAAACGCUACCAGCAGCAGAUCAGAGAAAUGCAAGUCUCCAUUGAAGAUGAGCAGCGUUCCCAUAGCGAAGCACGUGAAGCCUACGCCAUGUCUGAGCGCCGCUGCAUGAUUCUGCAGGGUGAGGUAGAGGAGAUGCGUUCCUCUAUUGAAUCCGCUGAAAGAGCAAGAAAAUCCGCUGAGACUGAGCUGCACGAGGCUAAUGACCGUGUCAAUGAGCUCGCUGCUCAGGUCACCUCCCUGCAGGCACAGAAGAGAAAGCUGGAGGGAGACGUCCAGGCAAUGCAGACCGAUCUUGAGGAGAUGAACAAUGAAAUCAGAGCUGCUGAUGACAAGGCCAAGAAAGCAAUGGCCGAGGCCGGCCAUCUUGCUGAGGAACUCCGCGCCGAGCAGGAACACAGCAACCAAAUCGAGAAAUUCCGCAAGGGACUCGAACACCAAAUCAAGGAACUCCAGGUCCGCUUGGACGAGGCCGAGGCAUCCGCCCUCAAGGGAGGCAAGAAGAUGAUUGCCAAGCUCGAGAACAGAGUGAGAGAACUCGAGAGCGAGUUGGACAGCGAACAGCGCCGUCACGCUGAGACCCAGAAGAACGCUCGCAAGGCCGACCGCCGCCUCAAAGAACUUGCCUUCCAGGCUGAUGAGGACAAAAAGAACCAGGAACGCCUCCAGGAGCUCAUUGAGAAACUGCAGUCAAAGGUCCUCACCUACAAGCGCCAAGUGGAGGAAGCCGAGGAAAUUGCCGCCGUCAACCUGGCUAAAUACCGCAAGGUACAGCACGAGCUUGAAGACGCCGAGGAGCGCGCCGACAGCGCCGAGACCUCCAUGUCCAAACUGCGCGCCAAGAGCCGCAGCUCCACCUCUGUACAGAGGACCACCACCGUUUCCUCCAAAUCCAUGUCCAGAAUCGAAUAAACGAAUCUCGGACCAUAGGAAAGGACUCUCAAUGAAAGCCCCUUACCAAACACCCGUUCAACGAGGAACAAUCGGAAGGCGUAACAUCUCUCUCCUUCUUCUGUCGCAAACAUGCUCCGCAAGGAGCCGUGAAAUUCGUCCAACAGCGAAUUGAUGUGUUGUUUGUGAUUUAGACAAUUAACUAUUUAUUGUGUGUUAUUUAUUGACUGAUUGUUCCGUCUUUGGACAACGAUCAUCAAAACGGAAUAGCAGCCAAUCAGAUGCGGCUGUUCUGUUUUGUGAUACUUACAGUAAAUAAAUUAUUGUAUUGUAUCUGCAAUCAAA